GCGGGUCACACCUCGUGACGCUCUCACGCCGCCACACUGGUCUCUGCUGAGGGCAGGCAGGAAGGAAGUUUCCAUACACUGUAUUUACCGAGCGGCGGCAGCUGUAAACUACAGGAGCGAGGCUUCCACCUCUACUGCUAGCUGGGAGAUUUUCAAGAAUAUAUUUUUCCUGCACUUCAUCGCUAAUAAGACUUAAGUUAUACAGAUUUUACUAUGUCAAAUCCCCUCAAGCAAGUUUUUAAUAAGGACAGAACAUUUCGUCCCAAAAGAAAAUUUGAGCCAGGCACUCAGAGAUUUGAAUUGCAUAAGAAAGCUCAAGCAUCCCUCAAUGCAGGGCUAGACUUAAAAUUGGCUGUGCAACUCCCACAUGAGGAGGACCAGAACGAUUGGGUGGCGGUUCAUGUUGUGGAUUUUUUCAAUCGCAUCAAUCUAAUCUAUGGUACUAUCAGCGACAGCUGCACAGAGCAGUCAUGUCCAAUUAUGUCUGGAGGUCCAAAGUAUGAGUACCGGUGGCAGGAUGACAGUAGAUACAGAAAACCCACAGCACUGUCUGCUCCAAAAUAUAUGAAUUUAUUGAUGGAUUGGAUCGAAGUUCAGAUAAAUAACGAAGACAUUUUCCCUACGAAUGUUGGUACACCUUUCCCAAAGAACUUUUUGCAAGUUGUGAAAAAAAUAUUAUCCAGGCUCUUUCGGGUAUUCGUCCAUGUUUACAUUCAUCAUUUUGACAAAAUAAUACAGAUGGGAGCAGAGGCUCAUGUAAAUACCUGCUACAAGCAUUUUUACUACUUUGUAACAGAAUUUAAUCUGAUAGACACCAAGGAACUUGAACCACUGAAAGAAAUGACUCUGAAGAUGUGCCAUUGAGAUGGGAUUGUCUUUUCCUCAUUUUCAAUCUCCCCUUUUUUGCCUGUGGAAGUUAACUGCUGAGAUUUGCCCCUCUGCAACAGAAGGUUGCUUGCGAAGAGACUCUUGCCUUUUUAUGAUGAAUAGUUCACUGUAUGUGAUUUAUUUUUUUAAUCUAUUUUUGAUAAUAUACUCUCUUUCAAACUGUGAUAACUGAAGGCACACUUCUUAUAAAGUUGUACAUUUCUGUGUCCUGAGAUUUUAUUUUUAUAUAGUGGCAUUUGUCACUGUUUACGUAUGGGCUUUUUGAUUAAUGCAAUAAUUUUAGGUCUGUACUACACAAACCAAUUAAUCACAGUGUAACUUUCAUUCUUCAAGGGCACAAUACAAAAUGAAAGCUGUAUUGUGAUUGGUCAGCAAACAACAGUUUUUCUUUUGGACUAUUUCAUAAAUCUCUGCAAGGGUUUUUAGGAGAAAAAAAAUGACAUUGUUAAUACACUUUUUCCUGUUGUGUUUUUGGGGGUUUCUGACCAAGAAUAUUUUUUUUCAGGUGUUAUAAGUCUGUGGUGAAAAUUAAAAUACACUGCAACCAGU